GAGUGGUGUGAGUGACGUUUCAGCGCUCACGCGCCGUGUUCCUGUCGGUCCCAGUCCGUCCGUUCAGCUCAGAGGAUCGAGAGGAGCAGGGAUCAGGCGGAGGCUGUGCUGAGGAGAACUGUGUUCAAGCCAAAGCUACACAGCUGAAAUGAGUUUCCUUGGAGGUCUGUUUGGUCCAGUGUGGGAAAUCGAUGUCACUCUGAACGAUGCUGAAAGCAGAAAAACAGCCGAGCUGAAGACUGAAGAAGGGAAAUUGGAGAAGCAUUAUUUGUUUUAUGAUGGAGAAUCAGUUUCAGGAAAGGUAAAUAUCAAUGUGAAACAGACAGGCAAAAGGCUUGAACAUCAGGGAAUUCGCAUCGAGUUUGUAGGACAGAUCGAGCUCUUCAGUGAUAAAAGCAAUACUCAUGAGUUUGUAAACCUUGUGAAGGAGCUCGCUCUGCCCGGAGAGCUGACACAGAACCGCAGCUAUGACUUUGAGUUCAUGCAGGUCGAGAAGCCAUACGAGUCUUACGUUGGAGCGAAUGUGCGAUUGAGGUAUUUCCUUAAAGUUACAGUUGUGAGGAGGCUGUCUGAUUUGGUAAAGGAGUAUGACCUCAUUGUGCAUCAGCUGGCCACCUACCCUGAUGUCAACAACUCUAUCAAGAUGGAAGUGGGCAUUGAAGACUGCCUACAUAUAGAGUUUGAAUACAAUAAGUCCAAGUAUCACCUCAAAGAUGUGAUUGUGGGUAAAAUCUACUUCUUACUUAUACGGAUUAAAAUCCAGCACAUGGAACUUCAGUUGAUCAAGAAAGAAUUGACAGGAAUUGGGCCGAGCACAACUACUGAGACCGAGACUGUGGCCAAAUAUGAGAUUAUGGAUGGAGCACCAGUGAAAGGUGAAUCCAUUCCUAUUCGCCUAUUCCUGGGUGGUUAUGACCUUACACCCACAAUGAGAGAUGUAAACAAGAAAUUCUCUGUGAGGUACUUUCUGAACUUGGUGCUUGUGGAUGAAGAAGAUAGGAGAUACUUCAAACAGCAGGAAAUAGUUUUGUGGAGGAAGGCACCCGAGAAACUGCGGAAACGUAACUUCCAUCAGCGCUACGAGUCACCUGAGCCUCGGCCGAGUCUUCCUGCUGAGCAGCCGGAAAUGUGAACAGGGUCUGGAGAGCAAGCAGCCAGGGACACAUGUACCUCUCAGUGAGCCGUCGCAGGAGAGGAGAACAUCUUCCAUCUUCUGCUGUUCACAUUGUCACCCCUCACAGCUCAGGGUGACGAACUGUGCCUGAUUUGGCUCUGUCCUCCCUGUCGUCUACAGCAAGUAAUCUGUUAAUAUACGAGGACACUUUUUAGAAAGCACUGGAAACAAUAAUUUAAGUAAUACAGCACAUCUUCAAGGUUGCACACCUGCCUAGUAGAACCAUUUUUUUUUUUUUAAGUGCACUCACUGGUAUCCUGUCUGUACCACAUCAUAGAGCAGAAACACAUAGACCUAAACAUGUUUUAAAGAGCUUCCUCAGGCAUACUAGCUGGUGAAUCUGAGUUCAUAGUACCAGUUAAUAAAGACAAUGGGCUCAGUUUAAAAAAGGUCAAGAAAUGUAAUGGCACCCUGCCACACUGUAUAUGCAAUUCACUUAAACGCUGGAAAACAUUUCUGUUUAACUUAUUUAGCCAUCUUCUCUUGUUGUUGUUGUUGUUUGUUUGUUUUUCAAAUACUCUGUUAAGUUAAUUCUGUCUUUAAAAAAUAAAAAAAGAAUAUGUCUGCUCUAUAUAUAAAAUAUUUAAAGAGGUUUUGGACUAGAAACUUUAUAAAACCAGGGCAGUUUGUGUAAUUAAAAUGGGGCAUAUGUAUUCAACUUGUCAGCCCAGUUUUAAAUAACACACUGGCUUUGUAGUCAAAGAGAGUUUUGUGAAAUUCUGAGAAGAUUCGUUGCUAUUGAUUGCUAAAUAGAAUCUCUGCUGCAUUUCAUACUGUCUAAAUUAGACACCACAGAGAAAUGCUGGAAUGUUGUUGUAUCCUUUGCAAUGUCAUCCUUCAUAAGGUUUCCUAUCAAAAAGGGAUGUCAACAUUUUUUCAUUGUUGCAUCGUGUGCUCUUACAUAUUUUAAGUGGUUUGUAGAUUAAAUGUUUAUUUGGACCUUUUCAUUUUGAAGCCGUUUUUGAUUUCACUCUAAAACGAAUGUAUUCUCUAAUUUUUUAUUUAUUUAAAAACUCACUCUACAUUACUCAUCUGUGAAAUCAUUGAAUGCCCCAAUUGAAAAUACAUAAGAGUGUUUGGAGAACUAAGUCAUUUGUACAUCUUGAAAAUUUGUACAUAUCCAGCCAUAGUUUUAUCUGCUGUCAAAUAAAAAUGCAAGUUUAUACAUAUA